UGGCGAACCACCAGUCUGACAGAAAGAUAGAAUCAUAUUACACAAAUUAUAAAUAUUAGCUUUGAAUUUAUUCUACCUCUGUCGGCAAUAUGAACAUUUUAAAUGUUGACAGGUACUACUAGACUCCCCUAAGUGUAUCGUGGUGGAUUCGUCCGCUUUCCCGCAAUAAGGUGGCUUUUUAACUUGCUUUUGAAUUUCGCGUGAACUGUCAGCGAUAUAAGUAGGAGGAACCUUUUUGGAAAGCAGACCUAGAAGAGUAGGCAGCGACACAGAGUUCACAGCUUUAGUCAACAGUUUCCUACGGAUUACUGAAGAGUCAGCGGCAUACAUGUACAACUACGGAAACCUGGGCAGAGGAUUCGAUCGGACCUUCCCAGAUAACGGCUCCGGAUCAGGCUCGAGCUCCGCGACUCUCGCGACAAGCGCGGUCACAACUCCACAACAGCAGAAGUAUUCUGUGGCAGGAUCCAAUCAGUUUGUGCCCAGUCUCAAUGCCAUAACUUCAAACCAGGACCUUCAAUGGAUGCUUCAGCCCUCCAUUCUAGGCGCCCCGGGACCUCCCAGGGCACUUCGACCAUCCUACCCACUGCUGCCAAGAAUCCAAUCUAUGAAUCCUCAACUUUCCCAAUCACAUCAGUCCCGGCCGGGUGUUAUUAGAGCAGCUAUGGCUGUUGGCAGCUCAACGAGAAGCAGAAAUGAUGAACAUCUAUCCCCUGAGGAACUUGAGCGGCGUAGAAUUAGAAGGGAACGUAACAAAAUGGCUGCGGCUAAGUGCAGGAAUCGUCGGCGUGAACUGACUGACACAUUGCAAAAUCAAACUGACCAGCUAGAGGAUGAAAAAUCACGUCUGCAGAAGGAGAUCGCUGAGCUUCAGAAGGAGAAAGAGAAGCUUGAGUUGGUUCUUGAAGCCCAUAGACCCAUCUGCAAAGUCCAGGACUCGGAUUCAGACUCUGACUCCAACGGUGACCUCCCGACGCUGAGUGGAAUCAAGAUUGAACCUGUGGACACUGACCUUCCUGGACCUUCAAGAGAAUCAAAGCAUCACGCCAAGCUUAAGUUUAAUAAACCCAAGCCCAAAAUUAUCAUCCCACCUCCUGCUUCAGCCUCCACCGUCACCAGCAUACCUUUGGAAACAGAGUCUCUUCAUACCCCUGUUCUCAUCUCCACUCCAUCUCUGACCCCUUUUACGGCCAGCCUUGUCUUCAGCUACCCCUCUUCUUCACUGGAUACCAGCUCUGCGUCUUCAUCCCAAGCUCUCAAUCUCGCCGGCUCUCACAGUACCAGCCAGUCUUCUCAACACCCUCAGCCGUGUGGCGUCGCUCAUCGCCGCAGCAGCAGCAGUGGAGAUCAGUCAGAUCACUCUCUCAAUUCACCAACCAUCCUCACCCUUUAAUUUCUCAUCUGCUGUGCGGAAAAAUGUUUUUGUGAUUUCCAAAAGUGUCCUUACUACUACAUACAAGCAUAUAUGUUAUGCUUUCACCUGUGUAUUCUGUUUACCUUUAUUAAUGGCAAUUACCAAGCAACUUGAAUGCAUUAUAAGAAUACAGGAGCACCAGUUAAAGGUGAUGUGUGUAACGUUUUUGACAUUAAAACACGUUUUCCUAUCCUAGCAUAGUAA